GAGGGGAGGAGCUGGGAGGGGUGUUGGUGGGUGUAGCACCGAGCAGUGAGCAUUUCCACAGCAGGAACACUCGGCACAAGCGCUGCCUGGGCUGCCCACGGAGCUGCUCCCUGCCCGGCCGAGGGACAGAGCCCAUGGCUGGCCCCGGGCAGCUGCAGCGCUGGCUCAAUGAGGCCACUGACCCGAGUGUCUCCGAGGAAAACUGGGAGUGCAUCCAGCGGUUCUGCGAGCAGGUGAACACUGACACAGAGGGCCCGCUGUUUGCGCUGAGGCUGCUGGCACACAAAAUCCAGUCCCCUCAGGAGGGGGAAGCUCUCCACGCUCUCACAGUGCUGGAGACGUGUGUGAACAACUGUGGUGACAGAUUUCACAGUGAAAUGGCAAAAUUCAGGUUUCUGAAUGAGCUGAUUAAAGUGCUCUCCCCAAAGUACUAUGGAAUCUGGUCUUCAGAAAAAGUCAAGUCGAGGGUCACAGAAGUGAUAUUCAGUUGGACAGUCUGGUUUCCUCAGGAAGUCAAAAUCCAGGAUGCUUAUCAGAUGCUGAAGAAACAAGGGAUUGUAAAAGAAGAUCCCAAACUGCCAGAAGACAAAAUUUUACCUCCCCCUUCUCCAAGACCUCAGAAUUCUAUUUUUGACACAGAUGAAGAGAAGUCCAAGCUCCUGGCCAGGCUCCUGAAGAGCAGCCACCCCGAGGACCUGCAGGCAGCCAACCACCUGAUCCAGAGCGUGGUUAAAGAGGAGCAAGAAAAGUCAGCUCAGGUGUCCCGGAGAGUGAAUGCCAUCAGUGAGGUUUCUGAGACUGUCCGACGUGUGGAGGAGUUACUGGAGAACUACAGGAGACAUGAAUUAUCCCCAGCUGACCAGGAGACCCUACAGGCUCUGCUCCAGCGCUGUGAGAAGCUCAGGGCGCUGCUCUUCCGCCUGGCCAGCGAGGCCCUGCCUGACGAGGAGGCUCUAGCUGAGGUCCUGCAGGCCAGUGACAAGCUCUCAGGGGUGCUGGGGCAGUCCAGGCAGGCUGUGGCCAGCCAGGAGAACGGUGAUGGAGCAGCUCCAGCUGCCAGCUCAGCCCGUGCACCAGCAGCCCCACGGCGCAUGAAGAGCUACACGCUGAUCGACUUCUCCGAGCUGGAGCCCAUGGCCCAGACCCCCCCAGAGCCCUGUGCAGACACAGCCCCAGCCUCCCAGCACGGCAGCACAGCCUCCAGCUGCCUGCUCCAGCACCACUUCCAGUCCCUAGGUCUCAGCAACUCCCCUGCCAUACAGAAACCACCACCCAAUUUUGGCCUAGCAGAGCCUGCUGUACACAAUGGAUUUAGGGAAGGUGUAAGUGCUGUACAAACCCUGGGACCACAGGAGAGCUGGGAAGAUGGCUGUGCAGGGAAGAGUGAACUCCAGAGCCUGGAUCAACAGCUCUCUCCACUGUCCAGGACCAAAACAUUCUCUUCGGAUUUAUCACCAAUGAAAUUGCCCUUUCCAGAUCUUUCACAUAACUCAGUGGCAGAUCCUCCACUCCUCAGUCCAGGCUACGAGCUGAAGCCUGCUGCCUCUUUGCAUCCAGCUUCUCUAGAAAACCUGUUUGUGCCUUUAAUUUCAGUUACACCAAGCACUAUCUGUCCACUCACUGUGUAUGACAGGAAUGGUUUCAAGGCCAUGCUCCACUUCUCCAGAGACCCGGCUCCCGGCCGACCAGACGUGCUGGUGAUGGUCCUGUCCAUGCUGAGCACCUCAGCACACCCCAUUAGGGACAUCCUGUUCCAGGCUGCAGUCCCAAAGACCAUGCAAAUAAAGUUACAACCAGCCUCUGGUUCUGAGCUGCCAGCCUUCAACCCUCUCCUGCCGCCUGCAGUGGUGUCACAAGUGCUGCUGCUGGCCAACCCACACAAGGUGCUGCUGGUGGGCACUGGAAUCCCACUGGAAUCCCACUGUGUGAAAGAUGGGGAGAGUCUUAAUAAUGGGGAGAUGCAGUGGAGAGACAGGGCAGCCUGGGCUGUGCUGGGAAGAUGUUUUUCCUGCUCAAAGAGCUUUCCAGAGCUACAGUCUGAAGGACUGUGUGGGCAGUUGCUGCAGGGGCCUGCACAGUUCUGGACUAUGUGCCCAGAGAGACAGCUCCAGGCACUCACUGUGCAGGUGUUGGCAGCUGAUGGAACACAAGGGCACCCAAGGCACAAGUGAUGGGUGGCGGAUCUGUUGCAUUAUGAGACCCAAAAUUGGUGUAAGGAACUCUCAGUCUGAGUAGGCUGGCCAGGCCUGGAUUGCCAGCAUGCCCACGGGUGGCAUGCACGGGUCUUCCAGUUGCUCUUGUCCAUCUUAGGAAGAUCCAGGGUUUCCUUCUGUGCAGAUCUUCUGGAAGGCUGGUGUUUCCCCUUCCAGAGGGGACUCACUGCAGCAAGGCCGUGAGGGGUGAAGGAAUCCCGGAGUUUAUAACCAUGGUGUGCCCCUCUCUCUCUCUCUCUCUCUCCCCCAGGAUCCCAUCUGCCUGAGGUACAGACUGAUGUUCACACAGGGCGUGCAGCCCUUCAGCGAGGAGGGAGAGGUGACCGGCUUUCCAGAAGCUCAGCUCUGGGGCAGCAGCUGAAGUGCAGCUGGCGUGGGCACAGCUGGGGAAGGGCUGGGGCCCAGCAGUGCUGGCCAGCACUCUGUAAGGGCAGCUUUUCUGGGGAUCUGCCGCUCCUUCCUCCUGUGUGUGCCCGGCGGGAGGAGCAGAGCUGGCUGCUUGUGCCACAGCCCGUCCGUGUGGCUGAGCGGGUUUACCGGAGGAGCCUGUGGUACCGGGGCCCGCUGGAGAGCACGGCAGGCUCCGUGCUGCUGCUGCUGCCCGCACGCCUUUCCUCAUGCUGCCCGCGACACUUCCCCUCUACUUCUUGAAUUAAAAACAAAACACGAAUCUACACCAGCACUCAGCUCCCGUGCCAGCCUGUUCCAGGGACACAGGGACACCCCCGUUUUCCCGGAGUCUGGGCCAGGUGCAGCGGCAGCCGAGGCCGCCGGUACCGGGAGCGGAGCCAGGCCCGGGGACCGCGGGCAGCGACCGGGCUGGGCACGGACACCAGGGGCUCGGCUCUGGGCCGGACACCGCCCCGGAGCCGCCCCGGAGCCGCCCCGGGACCGCCCCGGGACCGCCCUUGGACCGCCUCGGCACCGCCCUGGGACCGCCCCGGGACCGCCCGGGAACCGCCCCGAGACCGCCCCGGAACCGCUCCGGAAUCGCCCCGGAACCGUCCCAGAACCGUCCCGGGGCCGCCCCGGCGCUGCCGAGCGCUUCCGGGUGCGCGGCGGGACCGGGCCGCAGCCGCUCGGGCUGUCCCCGGCUGUCCCCGGCUC